CUUCUUCUUCUUCGUCCAAUCUUCCAUACACCCAAUCUUCACCGAUCUCCAUUUCUAGUGUCAGCACAUCAAUGCCUGCCCAGAAGCGCUCUUUUCCGGACAACCUCAACGACGAUGACGACGACCCGUCGCACCAGCACCGUCACCGACCCAAGCAAUCUCACCCGCAAGACGAACCACUACUACACCUGGAAGAAGAAAAGGAAGAACACCAAGGAGACGACGUAGCAGUAGAACAGAAACAGCAACCAGAAGGAGAAGAGGAGGGGGAAGAUGGAGAAGAAAACGAGGACGACGAAGAAGAGGAAGAGGAAGAGGAGGAGGAGGAGUACGAUCGAGAUGAAGUUUACGAUUACGACGGAAGCCCAUCUUCUACUUCUCACCAAAAGUCCGAGUUUGUACUUGUACAGCUGCCAGAUAUUCGAAAAGAUGUACACUGUCCGAUAUGUCUGGGGAUUAUUAAGAAGACACGUACUGUAAUGGAAUGCUUACAUAGGUUUUGCAGGGAAUGCAUCGACAAAUCAAUGCGAAUGGGGAACAAUGAGUGUCCUGCUUGCCGCACACACUGUGCCAGUCGACGGUCUCUAAGAGAUGAUCCAAAUUAUGAUGCCUUAAUUGCAACAUUAUAUCCAGAUAUUGAGAAAUAUGAGGAGGAGGAAUUGGCUUUUCAUGAAGAGGAGAGGACUCGAAAUGAGCAGAUACAAGCAUCAAUUGCCCAAAUAUUUCAACGACAAUCAGAAGCUCUAAUCAAGAGACGCUCGCUUGGUAAAGAUACCCAAGAUGCAAUUAUGAUGAGACCCCAGCGCAAUAGUCGGAGUGUUUUCCAAAGGAGAAGGAACUCUCGAGCCACUGAACUCCAAGGGUUUGAAGACAAUGACGAUGAAAAUGACACUCUUAACAUGGGCACAAAAUCACCUUCUGCUGAAGAGAGACAUACUGAAGUAAAGCCAAGACGGCCAAGGAGAAAGAGAGGAUUUCGAUCAUCUCAACCUUCAUCGUCUAUGACCUAUUCAAAUGGAGGAUGCACUGAAAAUGAUAUAGAAGUGAGCCGAGAGAGCAGGGGAAUUUCUCCUGGUCCUGUGUGGAGCUCCGAAAUGCUUGCUUGGGGCCGGGGUGGUGCUCGGAGUCACACCAGGCAUGGCAUUGCAUGUUGCAGCAAUAAGAGUUCUCGAAGCACUCGCUUAUCAAAGCUGGUUAAUCACCUUCGCAGCCUCAAGGAAAGCAAUGAUGAGUUAGAUGUUCAUCUCAUGCUUAUUUCUAUGGAUAAAAGAUGUACUCCAAGCUUGCAGCAGCCUCACCUUUGCUGUAGGCCAAGUUUGUCAGUCAAGCACCUUUGUGAAUAUGUUGCUCGUCAAACACCUUUGCAAGCCGAAGAAGUUGAGUUGUUCUCGGUUAAGGGGCACCACAAUACCAAUGAAGAUGUAUUGGCCGAUCACCCAUCACCGUCAGUUAAUGAUCUGGAUUCGGUUCCCUUUUUGGUUGAUCCUUGCAGAUAUGAUAUGCAAAUUCUGCAAGCAGAAGAAACUUUGGCAGGGAUUAAAGCCAAUUGCGCUUCCAGUAGGGACCACUUGAUUCUAGCAUACAGGCGGAAGGAGGUUUUGUAAUUGAUAGUUCAUUAAUUUCAAAGGGAAGAUUGUUAAGUUAGCUGUUGAUAGAGUUGUUGUAAAUGUAGUUAAAGAUAGAUCACGGGAUGAAUUGAUCCCAAUUGAAGGGAUGGAUAUCUUUCUUGUUGUAAAACAUCUGUUUCUAUGAUAUCUGCAAUUUGAGGUUUUAUAAUUAAUAGUUCAUUUUUUCAUCUUUAUCCCCCCUCUGCCAGUAUGUACCAU